AUGGAGAGCCUAUUAUCAUGCCCAUCCUCCCCCCCUCGCUCCAACCUGUCCGCCUGCCAGCUGAUGAACGGGCACAUAUGGAUGGAGAGCAACGGGCGGGGCAAGGGGGCGACGUGCAAGUUCCUGGCCAUGCUCAAGCUGGACGCUGAGGGCAGUGACGACAGCGACAAGGACCAGGACGAGGGACCUGAUGUCAACUUCUUUUCUCUACGGAUCAUGGUGGUGGACGACAACAUGAUCAUGGUGGUGGAUGACAACAUGAUCAUGGUGGUGGAUGACAACAUGAUCAUGGUGGUGGAUGACAACAUGGUGAACCGGCUCGUGACGAAGCGUCUUCUUGAUCGCAUCGGCAUCUCAACGCGCGUGGUGGAGUCGGGCAGGGAGUGCCUGCGCAUCCUGGCGGAGGAGCAGGACGAGGAGAAGUACGACGUGCUGCUGCUGGACCUCAUGAUGCCCGAGGUAGGAGGGGAGGAAGAGUGUGGGGGGCGGAGGGAGAGGGAGUGGAGGGGAAAGAGGAGGAAUAGGCGGUGGAGGAAGGAAGAGGAGGGAGAGGAGAAAACGGGGGCGAUUGCUUCCAAACGGGGUGAGGAAGAGGAGUCAGAAUGGAUGGUUACACAGUGGCCGACAAGAUUCAACGCCCUCUCAUCCCCGUUCCACUUCUCUUCAUUCCUUUCUCUUCCCCCUCCUGCCUCCCUUCCCCUCCCUCUUUUCACCCCCCACCCACCUCCCCUGCCCCCCACGCCUCCUCCAGAUGGAUGGGUACACGGUGGCCAACAAGAUCUGCACAGAGCUCAGGGCAGAGUUUCGGCCAAUGAUUGUUGUGCGGAUGCCUGA